AUGAGAUUGUGGGGUCUUCUCCUUUGCCUGGUGACAGCUCCUCAAGGUGUCCUGUCCGAGGUGCAGCUGCAGGAGUCGGGCCCAGGACUGGUGAAGCCCUCGCAGACCCUCUCCCUCACCUGCACCGUCUCUGGUUACUCCAUCACCAGUGGUUACAGUUGGAGUUGGAUCCGCCAGCCCACGGGGAAGAGCCUUGAGUGGAUGGGACGCAUUAGUUAUACUGGAAGCACAUAUUCUAACCCGUCCCUUGAGAGCCGCACCUCCAUCACCAGAGACACGUCCAAGAACCAGUUCUCUCUGCAGCUGAGCUCUGUGACCGACGAGGACACAGGCGUGUAUUACUGUGCGAGAGACACAGUGACAGGAAGUCAGCGUGAGCCCAGACACAAACCUCCCUGCAGGAUACAGGAGGGGUCUGGGCUGCAGGGGGCGCUCAAGGCCCACCCAGCCCCUGUGCCCCAUGGAGCAGGUCUGCAGAUGCAGGAGGAGCUGCGCUUGAGAGAACACCACCGAGGAGUCAUCUGUGACCUGAAGCAAGACGGAGAGCACAAGGCAGGACUGGAACUCGUGGAGCAGCAACAGUGGAACGAUGGAACGAGCUCUUGGGGUGACGAGAACCACAUCACGGGAGAGGGUGCAGGGAAAGAAAGCAGGGGGUGCUUGGACCAGAACUGUGGAAGCAAGACCCAGAGCCUGAGUUUAUGA